GUAGAUGAGAAGAUGCCUUUUUAUGUAAUUCCAUAACCAUUCAACAAAGGCUUUUCAAACUGCCACAUGAAACACAGAAGUACCUUUUCUUUUUUCAACAAACUCUAUUCUGAACUAGGCACAAGACAAUAACUAAAAGAAAACACUACAAAUACUGUGCAACCUGCUAAUCAACAACCAAGAUUAACAGUCAAACAUUUACAGUAUUUUAUUGCACAUAGAAUAUUAAAAGAAGUAUGCAGUUCUUUUAAAAGAUGAAAUGUUCUAUUAGCCGAUAUAUUGUACGUGUUCUAUUAUGUUGUAAUAUGUUCAGGGUCCAGAUGGAAUAAUUGAAACAAGAUUGUUAAUUGAACAAUGUAUGUUUGUGAAUAUGGAAUUUCACAAAAAUACUUAACAGUUGAAUAACAAUUAUCAAUUUUUUUGGAAAAACCAUGUCAUUUAAAGUAUAACAUGCCAUAAAAAUUAUUAAUUAAAUAAUUGCAUACAAUUUUGUAAUUAUAAAUUCUUCUAAAUAGGACCGAGAUUUGUUUGUGUACAUGCAAGGAUAAACUAAAUGAAAAAUGGUCUUUUUGCUAGAAAAAAGCACAAGACUCCUAUGUUUAUCUUAAAUCUUCUUAGUGUCUUUAAUUGUAUAAAUUUGAUGUAAACUUAAAUUAAUUAAUUUUAUCAAUACAGUUUUUUAGAAGAGUGUGUUUUUUGGGUCUUUUUCCCAUUUAAAUCACCCAUAGUUGAAUAACAAACAUUUUGCAGCAAGUGGAACAGAAGAAAAACAUUUAAUUCUAAUGUAUUUCUAUUACUGCAUCGUUUCCUCGGUUAUAGCUGCACAUAACACCUUCAACCAGACAGGCAGCCACCAGACUGCGCAUGCGCAAACAUCCUUUAUUAAUGAAAGAAAGGUCACGAACUCUGACCCUCCCACAACUGCAGUUUUUUUUAUAUUAAAUUAUUGAAAGAAAUUGAUUUUUUUUAUAUCUGUAUAUUUAUUUUAAAAGGUAAGCACAGAUUCCCAAUGGUUUAAACUGGAGAGGUUCAUUAUGGAGAGCUGCCUGUAAACAGGAAGGAAGGUGCUUCGCAGCAGCGAAGCUGCCAUUAGCUACAACAUAGCAAAGAGCUAACUUAGCCUGUUAGCAUCAUCGUCCAGAACUCGGUAAUUAAAGUUGCGUUCAGGAAGUAGGUUGCACUGAUGUGAAGGGGCAAUAGAGGAAGGUGUGUGUAGAAUCAGGAUGGAUGGACAGACUCAAAGGAUACAGCUUGUGUCUUCAGACAACAGCAUAGCUUUGGGACAUAGAAUCCAGAUUGUAACCGAUCAGCAGACUGGACAGAAGAUCCAGAUCGUCACCGCCAUAGAACCGCCCUCCCCUGGAAAGCAGCAGUUUAUCUUAGCAAAUGCUGACUAUUCCUCGAGCGGCAAAGUGAUUCUGGCCAAGCAGGACGGCUCACCAAACAAGGUCAUUCUUGCUACUCCAGAUGGAUCUGGAGUUAAUCAGCUCUUAUUUGCUUCCCCUGAGCUGGCUGGACAGCAGAUUCAGUUUGUUACUGAAGGUACAGACCAGUCUCUUGCCAAGCCUCUUGUGGAGUAUUGUGUUGUCUGUGGCGACAAGGCAUCAGGUCGUCAUUAUGGAGCAGUCAGCUGUGAGGGGUGUAAGGGCUUUUUUAAGCGCAGUAUAAGGAAGAACUUGAUGUACACGUGCAGGGGUUCAGGAGAAUGUGCCAUUAACAAGCUACACCGAAACCGCUGUCAGUACUGUCGACUACAGCGAUGCAUAGCUCUGGGAAUGAAGCAAGAUUCUGUUCAGUGUGAAAGAAAGCCUGUAGAAGUUGCCACCAGAGAAAAAUCUGUGAACUGUGCAGCUUCAACAGAAAAGAUCUACAUUCGCAAAAACUUGUGUAGCCCACUAGCUGCUACUCCUACUUUUGUGUCUGACAAGGAGACUGCGAGGUCCACAAGUUUACUGGAGUCAAGCAUGUUACUCAACAUCCAACAGCCCUUAGCCAGGCUGGAAAACACAAUCAUGAUUCCAGCCUCUUCUGAAAAGGAUGACCCAUCCCAGGGGGAUCUGGGGACACUGGCAAAUGUUGUUACAUCGCUUGCCCACAUCAACAAGACAAGGGUGACCAACGACAGCAAUAGUGACCUAAUAGGAGCUGAAACUCUGAGCAACGGUGACAGUUCGAUGACAGACAUCCAGGGUGACGAUCAAAGUGCAAAUGAUAUCUCAAGGGCCUUUGACACGUUGGCCAAAGUCCUGCACCCGUGUGACGGUUCAGCAGGAGAGUCCUUGGAGGCCACAAUGCAGCUGAUGUCAGGAGACCAGUCGGGCCCCGUAGUGGAACUGGAGGGAUCCUUACUGUCUGACAGUCAUAUCCCUUUCAAGCUCAUGAUGCCUUUGCCUGUACCCGAGUACCUCAAUGUUAACUACAUCUGUGAGUCUGCAUCGCGGCUACUUUUUCUGUCUAUGCACUGGGCACGCUCCAUACCAGCCUUUCAAACCCUUGCUGGUCAAGAUAAUGACAUUAACUUGAUAAAAGCUUGCUGGAAUGAACUUUUUGCCCUGGGUCUGGCACAGUGCUCCAACGUUAUGAAUGUUGGUACCAUCCUCGGUGCCAUUAUCAACCAUCUGCAGACCAGCCUACAGGAAGAAAAACUGUCCCCAGAAAGAGGUAAACUUGUCAUGGAGCACAUAUGGAGGAUGCAGGAGUUCUGCAACAGCAUGACCAAACUGGCCCCCGAUGCGUAUGAAUACGCCUACCUGAAAGCCAUUGUUCUUUUUAGUCCUGAUCACCCAGGCAUAGACGACAUACCACAGAUAGAAAUGUUCCAGGAAAAAGCUUACACGGAGCUGCAAGAUUACAUAACCAGGACCUAUCCCGAAGACUCUUAUCGGUUAUCCAAGCUGUUGCUGCGCCUUCCUGCCCUCAGGCUGAUAAGCGCAGCCGUGACCGAGGAGCUGUUUUUUGCUGGGCUUAUCGGGAACGUUCAGAUCGACAGCAUCAUCCCAUACAUUCUCAAAAUGGAGUCCACUGAUUACAACAGCCAAGCAGUCUCUGGCGUCUGACCAGUUGUGUCAUUUGUGGUGGAGGGAAAAAAAACCCCAUCCCUAACUCCCAAAAGAUUCAAAGAACUCUGCAGGUUAUUGAACAGUUCCAUAAACCUGCUAUAGUUGUGACGCAUCAUCUUUGAAAGAGCAGUUUUUCCCCCUCUAACCUCUCAGUUGAUUUGGUAGAGCACAGCUCAUGCAAAAGAUAAACUCCAGUACCAGGCAAGACUCCCAACCUGUAAUCAUCCAGGAAAAAACUUUGAAACCUGCAUAGUAGAUUGUACUUUUUAUUGUAUAGUAUUUUAUGCUUCAUUGCCUCCAAGCCUGUCUUUUCUCAAGAUCUGGUUUGUACAGAAAACAAAUCUGCAUGGUUUGUUUGUUUGUUUUGCCAUUGCUUUUCCUACAUGGUCAUAUUUUUUAAUUAUUAUUUUUUAGUAAUAAUAAGAAGAAAAAAACUUUUUGAAAGGUUCUAACCUUUAUUGCAUGCAUGUUUGCAGACCCUAAGGGUUUGGCUGAAUCAAUCGGAUUAAGUAUGGCCUCUGAAGGAACAAUAGAUCUGGAAAUAUGACACACUAGGUGAUCUGAAAGGGAGGAGCACCUGGUAAAUCUGUGGAUUCCAUCAUUUUAUGAAAUCAUAUGAACGAAAAAAAAACUGAAUGUAAACAGAUCAUAAAGAAAAGUCAUAAAAUGAAAAAAAAAAGCAUUUUUCAAUCACAUUUGUGACUUAUUUCCACACUCAAGUUUCCUUUUCAUUUCGCCAAAUAAAAGUUGAUCUAAAUGA